AUGAUCACGCUGACGCGCCGCGAGAGCGCGCCGCGCGCCACGGGCUCCGUGUCGCUCUGGGGCGACACGGACGAGGACACCGACGAGGAAGUCCCCGGCGAGGCGGCCGCCGGCGAGGUGCAUGUUGGGGAGGGCGUCGGGGGCGGCCACCAGACCCUCCCCGAGCUGCCCAAACUCAGCGAAUGUAAUGGCGAGGACCGCAGGGAGGACGUUGAGAACGACAAGGCCGGCGCCGCGGCGGGGCCGCUGGCGGCCACCGGCCAGCGCGUGGCGCAGGCGGCGGCCAAGCCCAACGGGGAGCCCGCCCAGCAGGACCACAACUCCUACCUGAACGGCAUCGACUUCGGCGCGGCCGCCCGCGCCGCGUCCCAGAGGCCGCCCUCGGCGGCUCCCCGCCCGCCCCGCCGCCGCUCGGCGAGGCCUCAGAGCGGGGAGAACCCGUACCUGAAGGCCACUGGCCUGGUGGCGAGCGCGCAGCAGGCGGCGCCGGCGCAGCAGGCGGCCGCCCCCGCGGAGGCCGCGGCGCCCGCGCAGCAGGCGCCCCCGCCAGCGGCGGCUCAGCACCAGAACUCCUACCUCAAGGACAUCGGCCUGGCAGAGGCCAAGCACGCCGUCUCGCAGGA